AUGUCCAACCUUGCCACAAGUAAAGCAAGUCCAACACUUGCCUUGAUGAUUCCUUCCUCAUUGCUCAACCCUAGAAUGUUUCUCAAUUCUUCACACCCCACAGCUGAUUCAGAGUGGUCGUUAGCAGAUGCUACGUGGUAUGGAAGCCCCAACGGCGCUGGAAGUGAUGGGGGUGCUUGUGGAUAUGGCAGUGAUGUAGAAAAAGCUCCUUUUUCUUCGAUGAUAGCAGCUGGAGGCCCACCAAUAUAUAACUCAGGCAAUGGCUGUGGAUCUUGUUAUCAGGUGAAGUGCACAUCUAAUCCAGCAUGUUCAGGUAGUCCAGUGGGCAUAGUUAUCAGUGAUGAAUGUCCAGGGUGUGGCUCUACUCACUUUGAUUUGAGUGGCACAGCUUUUGGUGCUUUGGCUAUUUCUGGCCAAGAUGAUCAGCUACGCAAUGUUGGCAAGCUCCAGAUUCAAUAUAAAAGAAUUCAGUGUAAUUAUGGAGGAAAAUCAAUAAAAUUUGAAGUGGACGCUGGAUCGAACCAAUACUAUUUUGCUGUGUUGGUAGAAUAUGUGAACGGAGAUGGUGAUCUUUCACUUGCUGAACUGAAGCAAGCUAACUUUGCACAAUGGCAAGCCAUGCAAUUAAGUUCAGGUGCAACGUGGAAGCUUAACUCUGCCACAGCUCUUCAAGCUCCGUUCUCCAUUAGAUUAACCACCUUCAAGUCAAAGAAGACACUUGAGGCCGUCAAUGUGAUUCAAGAAGGGUGGAGUCCAGGACAAAUUUUUCAAUCUUCUGUGAAUUUCUAA